AUGGCCAGCAGUCCUUUGCCGGCCCCCACCGAACUGCUCCUGACCGCCCCGCCCAACGCAUUCCCGCCAGAACCGCUGACCCAGCCCCCUCCCGCCUCCCGGGGCUCCUCGGUCUCCUCGGCUGGCGCCAUGAAGCCGAACCAGGUGGGCCAAGUGAUCCUGUACGGCAUCCCCAUCGUCUCGCUGGUGAUCGACGGGCAGGAGCGCCUGUGCCUGGCUCAGAUCUCCAACACGCUGCUCAAGAACUUCAGCUACAACGAGAUCCACAACCGUCGCGUGGCGCUGGGCAUCACCUGCGUGCAGUGCACGCCCGUCCAGCUGGAGAUCCUGCGCCGGGCCGGGGCCAUGCCCAUCUCCUCGCGCCGCUGCGGCAUGAUCACCAAGCGGGAGGCCGAGCGCCUUUGCAAGUCCUUCCUGGGCGAGAACCGGCCGCCGAAGCUGCCCGAUAACUUCGCCUUCGACGUGUCGCACGAGUGCGCCUGGGGCUGCCGGGGCAGCUUCAUCCCGGCCCGUUACAACAGCUCCCGGGCCAAAUGCAUCAAGUGCAGCUACUGCAGCCUCUACUUCUCGCCCAACAAGUUCAUCUUCCACUCGCACCGCACCCCCGACGCCAAGUACCUGCAGCCCGACGCCGCCAACUUCAACUCCUGGCGCCGCCACCUCAAGCUGACCGACAAAACCCCGCAGGACGAGCUGGUCUUCGCCUGGGAGGACGUCAAAGCCAUGUUCAACGGCGGCAGCCGCAAGCGAGCCUUGCCCUCCUCGGCCGCGCCGUCUAACCACGCGCGGCCCCCGCAGCCGCAGCCGCCUUGCCACCCUCUGGCUUCGGUCAGGACCGGCGGAGUGGGGCUGGGCGGCGGCGGGGGCGGAGGCGGAGGCGGCCUGCUGAGCCCGCACCUUCUCGCCGGACCCCCGCCGCCACCCCCGCCGCCGGACCUGACCCAGAAGCGGCCCCGCUUCGACGACGAGAGCGAGCUCCAAGAAGCGGUGGCGGCGGCGGCCGCGGCGGCCGCGGCGAUGGCGCACGGCAAAGCUCCGCGGAACUACCCGGUCAUCCCGGUGCCCAGCAAGGGAGCCUCCUUCGGGGGCGUCCUGCAGAAGUUCCCCGCCUGCGGAGGUCUCUUCCCGCACCCUUACGGCUUCCCGGCCGCCGCGGCCGCCGCCUUCAGUCUCUGCCACAAGAAGGAGGAAGGCGACGGGCUGGGCGUCGCGGGUCAAGGAGGAUCGGGGGCUCCCAAAGCGGCUUCGGGGGCCCCGUCGGCUGGAGCCGGCCUCUCCGGUCUCUUUUGGCCCGGGACUCGUAAAGACGCGGCUGCGGCCGCCGCCGCCGCUUUCUACCCGCCUUUCUGCAUGUUUUGGCCGCCCCGCGCUCCCGGGGGGCUCCCGGGGCUGCCCACCUACCUGCAGCCCCCGCCGCCGCCCCCGCCGCAACCGCCGGGCUGCUCGGCCCUGGGCGGGGAGAGCUCCAGCCUGCUCCGCCAAGCUUUCCUAGACCUGGCCGCCGAGCCCAGCGGCGAAGGGACGGCUGCCGGGUUGGGGGCGCCUCCCGCCGCCGCCCCGCAGGCUGGCGGCGCUGCGGGCGGGGGCAGCAGCCGGGAGCCGCGCGCUUUCGAAGGCGGCGGCGGCGAGGGCGGCGGUUCCCCCGCCUCCGAGGGCGCGGUGCCCGCUGCCCACCUGCUGGACGGCCAAGCGAGGCCCAAGGGGGGCUCUGCCUACCACCACUCCAGCGCUUUCCGUCCGGUGGGCGGCAAGGACGAUUCGGAGAGUCUAGCCAAGCUCCAUCAGCACCAUCAGCCGACGGGCCGGCCUUCCUCGCCGCCGCCGCUCCUGCUCCUGCCGGCCGAUCGCGAACCUGUCCUGCAGCCGGCCGGGCCCCGCCUUCUCUCCCCCGGAGGGACCAGUUGCAGCUUCCCCAGCGAAGACAGCAGCGAGGAGGAAGAAGAAGAGGAAGAGGAGGAGGAGGAAGAGCCGGAGGUGGACGUGGAGAGCCAUCGCAUCUCUGAAUUCAACAGAGCCAAUAGUUAUGCCAGCUUACCAGACUUGGCUCUGCAGACAUCCACACAACCUCUCGAUGCCAGCAAAGGCAAACAACGGCCAUCUCUUUGCUGCCAUCUGGUGGUGAUCUGGAGAUUGGUGGACCACAUUCCGAUUCCGAAGAACAAGGAAGCCCUCCCUGUCAGCCUCUCUUCUUCCAAGGAAGAUAAUUUCUCAGAUAAGAACAAGGAACACAGUUUUUUCAUCACAGAGGCCGACCAUCCCGGGGACUUUUGGAGAAACAUAGCAGGUGACCCCAUCCAGGAACCCAGCGUACCCCAUUCUCUGAAAAAGGACAUGGAAAACAUGGGAAAAGAAGAGCUUCAGAAGGUGUUGUUCGAACAGAUUGAUUGGCGCAGGAGGCUUGAACAGGAAUUCCAAGUGCUCAAAGGAACCACCUCAUUCCCAGUGUUCAAUAACUUUCAAGAUCAGAUGAAGCGGGAAUUGGCCUACAGAGAAGAAAUGGUUCAACAAUUACAAAUUAUUCCCUAUGCAGCAAGCUUGAUUAGGAAAGAAAAACUUGGCACACAUCUCAGCAAAAGCUAA